CAUGUAAAUACCACGCUUGACUCCACCCUCUCUGGCACGUGAGCAUUUGAAUAAACUUUAUUUACAACCACAACUGGAACAACCAUCUUUUCAAAACAAGAUAUUAUCAAAACACGGGACAACGCUUUAUUCUGCAUGGGAGCUAAUCAAAAGGGGUUGACUCAGUUUGUGGAACAAGCUCAACAGUUAUUCAUAGCUUCUGUGUCAAAUUACCGAUUCUGAGCAACAGAUGGCAUCAGAGGAUAUGGAAGGCUUGUGCCCCUUGCCAGAGGUGACAGACAUCAAGGUAGAGCCACCAGUCAGCAUGGGCUCAGUGGAGGACAAUUCACAGAACACCAUGGGAAUAAAGUUUAUUUUACCCAAUCGCUUUGACAUGAAUGUGUGCUCACGGUUUGUGAAGUCAUUAAAUGAAGAAGACAGUAAAAACAUCCAGGACCAGGUGAACUCUGAUUUGGAGGUAGCCUCAGUGUUAUUUAAAGCGGAGUGCAAUAUCCAGACAUCUCCCUCACCUGGUAUUCAGGUCAGGCAUGUGUACACACCAUCGACCACCAAACAUUUCUCUCCGAUAAAACAGUCCACCACGCUCACCAACAAACACCGUGGCAAUGAGGUCUCAUCCACACCGUUGCUUGUUCACUCACUGUCUAUACACCAGUUGGCAGCACAAGGAGAGAUGGUGUUCUUAGCAAGUCGAAUAGAACAAGAAACAGUGAUAAACCUGCAGGAUGAAGAGGGAUUCACCCCAUUAAUGUGGGCAGCAGCUCAUGGCCAGAUUGCCGUGGUGGAGUUUCUUUUACAGAGUGGUGCAGAUCCUCAUCUUUUGGCCAAGGGGAGGGAGAGUGCAUUGUCACUGGCCUGCAGUAAAGGGUACACAGAUAUUGUUAGAAUGCUUAUCGACUGCGGAGUUGACGUCAAUGAAUAUGACUGGAACGGUGGAGCUCCACUACUCUAUGCAGUGCAUGGCAAUCAUAUUCGUUGUGCAGAAAUCCUCUUAGAGAGUGGCGCUGACCCUACCAUGGAAUCUGAUUCUGGUUUCAAUGCUAUGGACAUGGCUGUGGCGAUGGGCCAUAGAAACGUCCAACAGGUCUUGGAGGCUCAUCUGCUCAAGCUUCUACAAGGUAUCAAAGAAUGACCAUGGAUAUGAAGUAACAGUGAGAGGAAGAGAAGGAAUACAAGGAGAUUUGGAAAGAACAUUCAUUGAGUAUUUAAUAUCAGUGAAAGUUCGAUGUGGACAUUUUGUUUUGCAUGUUCAUGAAAUUCACAAAUUCACCAACCCUGAAAAAUGUGUUCAUUACAAGGAUGCAAAGGCACAGAUUAACAAAUGCAAAAGUGCUGACAUCUGAAUUUGAGUGUUGCGAAUCUGCUGACAUAUGUAGAGUUUUGAUUCGUCAGUGACGUGUGUUUUGGGUUUAUGCCACAAAGAAUUUUACCUAGUAUCAUUACAUAGAUACUUAUUGCAAAAUGAAGCUGUUUCACAUUAAACUAGAGUGGAAUAAUGAAUGGCUCAUAAAACUGUCUAGUUUUGGGCACUUUAGAAUGAAUAAGGUGGAAAAAUGACUGAACAUGGUCAAAAGAUGGUUAGUAGUCAUAUAACUUGCAUCAUCCAAGUACUAAUUCAACAGUUGUCAAGAUGACACUUGUGAUAGAUUUUUUUUUUCUUUUCUGGAUUGCCCUCUUUUAAAUUGUAAUUUGGUGCUACAACACUGCAAAUAAACAUUAUUAAGUGUAUUUAAACUGAAGGUAGUGUUUAUGUCAUUAAUAAUUAGACAGCUUAAGGACAUUUUCAGAAGGACAGAAACAUACAACCACAAGUCAUUGCUGCCUUCAAAGUUAGCCUGUCUAACAACACACUUUAUAGCUAGUAAUUCUUUGCAUUUCUAAGAAAUGUAUUUCUAAAAUUUUUCCAUGUACCAUUUCUGACCUGCCAGACAAUUAAAAAUAGUCUUAAAUGUAGGCGAAGAUGAUCUGUUUCAAGUUAAAAGCAUGGUGUGAACCGAGCACCAAUAAAAAAAAAGACCCCAAAAAAAGUGUUUAAUAAGCUUUUCGUCAAUAACAAAUGUUUAUUUCCAGAUAUUGGCUGCAAACAAGUGAGCCUUAUUAACAGGGAAGGUGGAGGCAAAGAUGCCUCUUGGACCACACAAGCAAACAAACACACUGUGCAUGAAGCUGUGUGGUACAAACAAUCUCACUCUCUCAGCCUGGACACAAAAGGGUCACAGCAGUGCACAAGAUUCAGGGGAUGCGAUAUAUUUAUAAAAGAGAAAGAAAAAAAAAAAAGUCCCAUAUGUUUCCGCCAAGACCGGAGAUUUCAGCCGCCUUUCCUUCC